AUGGACCAGGAACAACAGAACAUGUUCAGGUGUGAAGUGGUAAAUAUCUUUGGACAUUUACUGAAGGAGAAGUAUUGUUCAGAGCAAAAAGGAUACAGGAGAGGUGUAGAAUAUUCUCGGAUAGUAUUCAGGAAUAUGCAGAGCGCGGGCACAGAUGGAGCUGGAGUACUGGAUGGUCCUGUUAUACAAGGCAAGUGUACUGCGUGCGGGUACGGCGAGAAUCGAAGGUGGGCACACGCGAUAAAUUUGAAAGUAGUAGAGUGGCUCAUGGGGCAAGCAGCGAUAUUGGCAGAAAUACAGGCAAUGGAAAAGGCAAUGCCGUGUACUGAUAAAUGGAAAGAUUACAUUACGAACCUGGACCAGGAGCAGAACCCUAUUAAGGAUGGGAACACAGAAGGGGGAACGCUCAAAGACCGUUUGAGCGACGCAGGGAAGAAGAAGAUAGAAGACGCAGAGCAGAAGCUGGAAGGAGCAGUAACAAAGAUAAUUGAGAAAGUCGCGAAAGAUAAAGACGACAUACUGCAGCAAGCAAAGGAGGCGUUUCACGACGUGCAGAAGAACGCGGACCAGGACGCCACCGACACGACACGUGCGGAGACGGAGAACACGAAAGAGGUCCCAAGUAAUGGCCACAAAGACGUGAAGAAAGACGAGACCAAAGCAGAGAAAAAGGGUGACCAGCAUGCUCAGGCACCAAUCCCCUCGGUACCCGCAGCACCCACAGCAGAGGCAGGAGGAGCCCAGAAACCACAUGGAGCAGCAGGAUCACCAGGACGAUCGGAUCAAGGAGCUGGCGACACCACCGUAGUAUCGCAACCUGGAGUAGGUGCAGCUCAAGGACCAGGACCUGGACAACCCCCCCCACCUCCUCCACCCGUGGAGUCACCUGAGGACGAACAAGGCCCGAAGAAACCACACCAAGAAGGUAAGUGUGCAAAGGGAAGUACCGUAUUCCAUGAGACAAAUGUGGGCAGGGGUCUCUCUGGUUCCUCAUCAAGUAUCACUAUCUCCUUCACACCGCGCCCCGGAACUGAUGAUGACUGUGACCAGAAGCCCAAAGACUCGGGACCAGGCGAUGCCGUCGCCGCUGGUAGCGGCAACGAUGACCCCCCUCCUCUCAAUCCGCCCAAACCAAAACCGAAUCCGAACCCAAAUCAGGCGGGGUCCAGCGGCCACAAUAGUCACGGUUGA